AUGCUAUUCCCAACGUUAUCAUCGCUUUUGGUCUCAGUGUCGGGUGUGCAAGGGCAGAGCAAUGUUUCCGAGAUUCCUUUCUAUGGACGCAGUCCGCCUGUAUAUCCUUCACCGGAAGGAAAUGGCACGACAUCACCAGCAUGGACAGCUGCCUACUUCAAAGCGCGCUCCAUUGUCUCUCAAAUGACACUCGAAGAGAAGUCCAACGUUACCUACGGCCACACUGGUCCGUGUGUAGGACAGACCGGCGCAGUGCCUCGUCUGGGCGUCCCCGAACUAUGCUUCGCCGACGCUCCUGACGGCAUCCGUGGGCAAGAAUUCGUCUCUGCGUUUCCGGCUGGCAUCCACCUUGGGGCCACUUUCGAUCGCCAAUUGAUGUAUGCUUACGGAAAGGCGCUUGGAGAUGAGUACCGCGGUCAAGGUAUCCAUGUCGCGCUUGGUCCGUUCAUCGGCCCGAUUGGAAGAAUCGCAAGAGGAGGAAGGAAUUGGGAAGGGUUGGGGUCUGAUCCCUUCCUAGCCGGAAUUGGGGGUGGGGAGAUCACGAAAGGUAUACAGGAUGCUGGAGUUAUCUCCACUCCCAAGCAUUGGCUUUUCAAUGAGCAAGAAUUCCGACGCCGUGAGAGCUCUUUGGGCGAAGCCAUGUCCUCCAACGUCGACGAUCGAACUACACACGAAUUAUACGCAUGGCCAUUUAUGAACGCGCUUCGAGCUGGCGCUGGGUCUGUGAUGUGCUCUUACCAGCGUGCAAACGACUCUUACGGCUGCCAGAACUCUAAGCUCAUGAACGGAAUCCUGAAAACUGAGCUUGGCUUCGAAGGCUUUAUUGUAAGCGAUUGGGGAGCGCAACACUCGGGAGUCGCUUCUGCGAAUGCCGGUCUAGACGUCGUUAUGCCGAAUGCCGCUUUUUGGGGAGCCAAUCUUACGACGGCGGUGGGUAAUGGAUCUGUGACCCUUGAGAGGUUGGAAGAUAUGGCUACUCGGCUUCUCGCUGCGCAUUACUUCAUCGGUCAAGACGAGGAUUUCCCAGAGAAUGGUGUAUAUCCAUACAAUGUGGAGCAUCCCAUUAACGAUGUUCGGCAUGACCAUGCAACACUCAUCCGACAGAUUGGCGCUGCGGGCCACGUUCUCGUGAAGAAUGUUAAUAAUACUCUCCCUCUCAAGAAACCUCGCUUCUUGAACAUAUUUGGAUAUGACGCAGACGUCAAAGCAAGCCCUUGGAAUAAUCCUACCCGUUACGGUGGUGGAUACGAGGAAAACUUUGGGUGGAACACGCUCAACGGCACAAUGAUCACUGCUGGUGGGUCUGGGGGUAGUACUCCACCCUACGUUAUAAGCCCUUUCAAAGCCAUCCAGGACCGCAUCAUCGCUGACCGUGGAAUCCUCCGUUGGGAUUUCUGGGGACUGACACCAACGGUAUACGCUAAUGCUGAUGCAUGCCUUGUCUUCAUCAACGCUUACGCUUCUGAAUCUUUCGAUCGCACUAGUCUCACGGAUGACUUCAGCGACCAGCUGGUAAACAAUGUAGCAUCAAACUGUUCGAACACGAUUGUUGUGGUUCACUCCGCGGGUCCUCGCGUUGUUGAUGCCUGGAUUGACAACCCUAACAUCACCGCCUGCAUAUUCGCAGGCCUCCCAGGACAAGAAAGCGGACACUCCCUUGUCGAUGUUUUGUAUGGGGAUAUGAAUCCUAGCGGCCGGCUACCAUAUACUGUCGGUAAAAAGGAGUCUGAUUACGGGCAUUUUCUCAACUCCACAAUCGAUUUUUCGUACUUCCCGCAAGACGACUACACCGAAGGACUGUACAUUGACUACCGACAUUUUGACGCGCACAAUAUCACUCCCCGCUUUGAAUUCGGGUACGGUCUAUCGUAUACAAGCUUUCAGCUCUCCAACAUCAGUGUAUCAUCUACUGGUGCGGAUACUCGUCCUUUCCCACCAAGUGAAGUUCCCAUCGUUCAGGGUGGUCAUCCCUGGUUAUGGGAAGUUCUCUAUACUGUUCACACGACAGUGACCAAUACGGGAGAGAUCGCGGGUGCAGAGGUGGUACAGCUAUACGUGGAGAUUCCGAACGCCCCUGCUCGUCAAUUGCGAGGGUUUGAGAGGGUAUAUGUUGAACCUGGUGAGACUGUAGUAGUGAAGUUCGACUUGACAAGAAGAGACUUGAGUAUCUGGGAUGUUGUAGCUCAGCAAUGGGAGCUUCAACCUGGUUCCUAUCAUCUUUUUGUAGGCGCGAGUAGUCGGGACGUAAAAUUAACAGGAUUAGUGGAAGUGUGAUCUGUUAUCCAUUGUUAUAAUUUGUAAGCUCACUAUAGAAUACAUAGAUAUGAAUAGCCGCAAGGGAAUAAAAGUAGGCUUUGCUCAC